UCAGUCGCGUUGUGGGCUACACGAAGAGAAGCCGAGAGAGCAGCUGUUCCUCUGUAAACUGAAAAUAAACCCUGUAUUUUACACAACAUGAGAGCGGCAUCUUACACCCAGAAGAGCCUGCAGGUUAGCGGCUCCAGCGGCAGAGUAAGGGUUCAGAGCCCGUCACCUUCCCGGUGCCGUGGAUCCUCAUAUGACAGCCGUGGACGCGCCGGUUAUCGCAGCACUGCCGUGGAGUUGGGCACAGAGAUACACCAGCAACAUGCCAACGAGAAAGAGGAGAUGCAGGAACUCAACGUCAAGUUUGCAGGUUACAUCGAGAAGGUCCAGGCACUAGAGCAGAGGAAUGCUGCUCUUCAAGCUGAACUGGCUGCACUGCAGGGCCGCUACAAGGGAGGCCCCACAGGCAUCGGAGAAGAAUAUGAGCUCAAGUUUAAAGAGGUGCGGGAGCUGAUUGAGGCCCUGACUAAUGAGAAGGGAGCAGCUGAUAUCGAGCGAGGCUACAUUGAAGAAGAGGUUGAGGUGUGGAGACUAAGGCUGGAGGAGGAGCUGGUGCUCAAAGAAGAGGCAGAGAUGAUCCUGAGUGAGUUUCGCCAGGAUGUUGACAACGCCACGCUGCAGAAGGCUGAGCUGGAGAAGCGUAUAGAGCAACUGGUGGCCGAGAUAGAGUUCCUCAAGAAGCUGCAUGAUGAAGAGGUGGCAGACCUCAUGAAGCAGAUUGAGGACUCAAAGAUUUCCGCAGAGCUGGGUGGCGAUCGACCCGACCUGGCUGCUUAUCUGCGCAACAUGCGUGCAGAGAUAGAAUCUGUCGCUGCUCGCAACGUCAAGGAAGCGGAGAAGUGGUACAAGAGCAAGUUCGACACCCUCAAAGAGCAUGCUGGCAAGCACGAGGAGCAAAUGAAGGCCAUGAAAGACGAGAUCACGACCUUCCACAACCAAGUUACAGAGCUGCAGAACCAGAUCGACGGGAUGAGGGCUCGCAACGCAUCCCUGGAGCAGCAGCUGGAGGACAUGGAGAUGUCCCACAUGGAUAAGGUGGGGAGCCUCGAGGGUGUCAUCGCUCAGUUGGAGGCCCAGCUCUGCGAAACCAAACUAGAGAUGACCAAGUAUCUCCAAGACUACCAGGAACUGCUGCACAUUAAGCUCAAGCUGGAUGCAGAGAUCGCUACCUACAGGAAGCUGCUGGAGGGGGAGGAGAGUAGGCUUGGAAUUGCCAAAGAUGCCUAAAUAUCUGGGAUGAGAGGAGCUGCAAGUCUGAAGCAGCCACGGAGAAGACCAGCAGAGAGAUCAGCUCAUUAUAGUUAAAAAGUUUAUUCCCUAUCUUACCCGUUCCUCCCCUGUUUUACCCUCCUCACUCCACGGACUGGCUGUUGUCUGAUAAAUGCUGAUUUGAGAUCUGAGUUAAAACAUGUUGCUUUGAUGAGUUUGAUUGAGUAAACCGAGGGAAUAUACAUGCUUAUGCUAGUCAGGCGCUGGCUUGCAGGCGUAUAUCCCACAAAAAAGACUGUCCAACUUUCCCAAAAUUUUGAUUCAAAUCAGGUAAAAUCUGAGCAACAAAAAAUGAGUAAACAAGACUACAGAUCUGACCAAACUUUUGAUGCCAUCUUUCUGUACUUGACAGUUUCGGCAACAUCUUUUGAUACCCAAGUGGUAUUGAAGUUUGAUACCCAGCCCCUCUUCCCAUUAUGUUCUUGCUUACAUUGUCUGCCUGCCUCCCCGUUCCUCCCAGUCCUUAAUACUUCAAAUUUUACAUCAUUUUCCAAAAAACAAGCCUCCUGUCCUUCCUUAUUCCUAACCAGCUCUACCCUGUCGCCUCCAGUACCCCCCUGGUUCCUGCUGUAUGGCCCUCAGGUCACCUUAGUUAUACCAUUUUCCAUUAUGACUUUUGGUGCAACACCCUUGCAACACUUUUCCAAAUAAAUCCCACUGUUAUACCUCUCUGGUCAUUUCUGUCAUUCCCCUUUGCUACAUCUGCUGCUUCUCUGGAUCCAACUGUGGGAUCUAUCCUCCUUUACAAAAAAUACUUGUGUCCAGCUGUGAUGUACUACAUCUCAGCCCAAACAAAGCAGAUGUCAUUAGUAUUUUGACUGAUGUUUAAAGUAGCCCCCUGAUUUUAAAUGUUCUGACACAACACAACUAUUGACUAUUCACACUAAUGUUGACCAACUGUUCCUUAAUAAAGAUUGAAGUGAGUGCAUACAAAACAAUGCAUCAAUCUUUUUUCCUUUCUCCUGUGAGUUUCCUGUUGUUCUCUC